AUGCCGAGCCAGACGUUUGCUCGGCGGCCCGGCGUGCCAGCUCGGCACAGGAUCCUGUCGCACCAGGAUCUGCAGCAUCUGCAGCAUGCUCCAGUCGUGUUCCCUUACUCGCUGCCAGAGAAGCUUGUUUGCCUCUUUGGCUCUUUGGUUCUGCUCUUGGUUGGAGAGGCACUGAGCACGGACAUACUUCCGAGACGCUUCACCAACGACAGAUUGCGAAGAUGGGGGUGGGAUUACGACAUCUGCGGCUGGCUUAGGGCAGUGGGCAUCACAGCCACCGUCUUCGCCGCUGCUGCUUUUGCGCUUUUCGUGAUGGAGAGAAGUGCGAGGCUCACGGCGAGAGACGAGCUCCUGCGAUUCAUCCGGGAUGGAUUGGAGCCGGACUGGCGACUGAAAGCUGACGGGGUCAUUCACGCUGAAUCCCUACUGCGUAUCAUGGGGCAGCUUCUUGAAUCCCAUUAG